AUGGUCUAAAUGUAACUAGUUAUACUCAUUUCAUUUGGAUCAUGAUCUUAGUUCUUAAACAGUGUAAGACACUGGCACACGGCCAUUCAGUGCAUCAGUACAUUAGUAACCUGGACAAUGGCAACCCAUUCUGGCACACCAUCUGUUUGACGAAAAAACCCAAUGAACAACAAUGACUCAUCUCUGGAUUACCUACCUAUCCCACAUUGUUAUAUUUCUGUUGUUUCCAACUCCUCCCCAUUUGCCAAUGUGUUUAUUGGAGUGGCUGAGGCAGCAAAUCUCGAGAAGUGGAAUACCAUGAAAAGGAAAUGUAUCAAGAUGUAGUGGAGGAAUAAGUGUGUAGGAAACCACAAAUUCUCCUUAAAAACCAUUUUAGCUACUGAAAUUCAUUUGUGUUUUAGCUACUCCGUCUGGCAAAUUGUAAUACGCUGGUACUUAUUUUUCGAUUGUUCUUGCUUAUGAGUUUUUCAUUUCAGGUGAAGAAAGAAGUGAAGUCGUAAAUACCAACAGUUGACAAUGACGGAAGAAGUUGAAUCAGGUGCUGUUCCAGCAGAAUGUGUUCGCCAGUACAAGUCACUGCUGCAGUGCCACCGUCGUAUCCCAGCAGGGCCAGGGAGGGAUGCCGCGUGCCGGCACCUGAACCAAUCACUCGCAAAUUGUUUGGUGGCUACAAUCUGCCCUGACGAAUCAGAGGCAGUAAAGAGUCUCUGUGGAAGUGGUGGAACUGCUCUGAAGCGAUCCCAGUGUCAACAGGCUCAGCUUUCUCUUGCCGUUUGCCUUUCUUCUCACCAAAAUUGAACUCCAAUUUUUUUAUAUUUAACAUUAUCUAGUGCAUUUUGUGUAUCUACAAUUUGGGCUUUA